AUGCUGCAUGGAGCCGAUGUUGAUGAACAUGGUCAUCACGGAGGCAUUUUGCAUGAUAAGCAGGAAUCGCUAUCGAACAACUCGUUUCCCAAGGAUGACCGUUUAGAAAAUUCAGAACUGGGGCUGGCACUAGCACUGUCGCUGGGGAGUCCAGGGAGCCCCACUGCCUCAGGUUAUACCCUCAAGGAUGUUUUCUCCGCCAAACCAAAGACUAUCAAAGAUAAGUAUUAUACCUUCCUAUUCAACAAGGGGCUUGCCCCGAUGCCUGGUUACAUGAAAGAGAUUUAUGACAAGACCACUAGACAAGUGUAUGUUAAUUGGCCAAUACCCGAUGACCUUAGACAUGAGGGGACUAAUUCUCCCUUGUUUAAUUAUCCUAGGAACAAGAUUAGAACAACAAAGUACACUCCGAUUUCGUUCCUUCCUAAGAAUAUCUUUUUCCAGUUUGAAAAUGUUGCUAAUUGUUAUUUCUUAUUUUUGAUCAUCUUGGGUGCCUUCCAGGUGUUUGGUGUUCAAAGUCCAGGGUUGGCAGCUGUUCCCUUAAUUGUCAUUGUUAUUUUAACUGCUAUUAAGGAUGCUUUUGAAGAUUACAAGAGAGCUUCAUCCGAUGAGGAUCUUAAUAACUCCCCAAUCCAUUUGUUAGAAGGCUUGUUGAAUGAAAAUGUUGAAACCGGAGAAGUUGGAGGCUGGAGAAAGUUCAAAAAAGCAUGUACAAGAGCUACUAAGAAGUCCGGUAAGGCUUUAAAGAAAGCAUGGAUCAUGACCUUUAGUAAGAAAAAGGAUAAAGACCAAUUUAUUCGUGAGGAACGUGCAGAAGAAGAGAAUGAAUUGAGAAGAAUGUCCACUAUUGUUUCUGACUACUCUGUAGGCGGCGGAAGAACACUGGCUCACCAUGCAAGGGAAUCCCUUCAACACAUCAGAUCUCCUGCGGAAGGAAGGUCGAUCCGCAGAUCUUUAAAUUCUACAAAGAGUGCUCCUCCUACUAAGUUUAUCCCUGGUACAUUGUUAAAUCCGGAAAAGAUUAAGGAAAGAAAAGAGGAUGGCUUGACUUGUAACUUUAAGAAUAGACACUGGAAAGAUAUUAAAGUUGGUGACUUGGUUAGAGUCAGAGCUAACGAAGAAGUUCCAGCUGAUAUUGUUAUCAUAUCCACUUUCGACCCAGAAGGUAACUGUUAUAUUGAAACUAAGAAUUUAGAUGGGGAAACCAACUUGAAAAACAAGACUGCCCUUCAUUGUGGAGGCUCAGGGAAUCUUAAACAUGCAAAUGAUUUAGGUGCCACCAAGUUUUGGGUAGAAUGUGACCCUCCCAACGGAUCUCUUUAUACAUUCAAGGGGACCUUACAUUAUGAAGACUAUGAUGAGUCUGGUGAAUUAAUCAACCCAGAUGAAAAAGAAGCCAUUAAUGCCGAUAAUAUUUUACUUCGUGGGUCUACAUUAAGAAAUACUAAGUGGGUUAUUGGUUUGGUCGUUUACACCGGUGAGGAAACAAAAAUUAUGAUUAAUUCUGGAAUUACGCCAACCAAGAAAUCCCGUAUCUCCAAGGAAUUGAACUUGUCUGUUAUCAUAAAUUUCGGAUUCUUAUUUGUUUUAUGUUUUAUCUCUGGUUUGAUUAACGGUUUGUUUUACACAAAGAAGAAUACUUCCAGAUUGUAUUUUGAUUUGAAGCCAUACGGUUCUACGGAUGCAGGAAGAGGUGUCCUUGCCUUUUUUGUUAGUUUGAUUAUUUAUCAAGCUUUGGUUCCAAUUUCACUUUAUAUAUCCGUGGAAAUCAUUAAGACUGCGCAAGCUUUUUUCAUCUUUUCUGAUAUUAAGAUGUACUACGAGAAAUUAGAUUUCCCAUGUGUUCCAAAAUCAUGGAAUAUUUCUGAUGAUUUGGGUCAAAUUGAAUAUGUUUUCAGUGACAAAACUGGUACUUUGACACAGAAUGUUAUGGAAUUUAAAAAGUGUUCAAUUAAUGGAGUUUCGUAUGGAUUGGCCUACACGGAGGCUAAGCAGGGUUUGGAUAAAAGAGACGGAAAGGAUCCAUUGAAAGAAGGAGAAAAAUGGAAAUUAAAGAUGGAUGAGGAUAAGGAUAAUAUGUUGGCAAACUUGACCAAGUAUUUAGACAAUGAUCAAUUAAGACCAGACUUAGUCACAUUUUGCUCUAACCAAUUCGUCGAGGAUACGAUUAUUCCAGAAGCCAGUAAGAAUGCUGAGCAAAAACUGGCCAAUGAAUCUUUUAUGCUUGCAUUGGCACUUUGUCACACUGUUGUAACGGAAGAAAACCCAGAUGAUCCAAGUUUAAGAGAUUUCAAAGCAGAAUCGCCAGAUGAAGCUGCUUUGGUAGCAGUGGCUAGAGAUAUUGGAAUUGUAUUCAAAGAAAGGUUGAGAAAUUCGUUAGUCCUUGAAGUAUAUGGAAAGAGAAGAGAAUAUAAGUUGUUAGAAACAAUUGCUUUCACUUCAACUAGAAAGAGAAUGUCCCAGAUUAUCGAGACUCCCGAAGGUAAGAUUUUCCUUUUGACCAAGGGUGCUGAUAAUGUUAUCUUUGAAAGACUUUCCCAGAGCGAGAACGAUCCUGAUGUUGUUUCCAAGACUGCUCUUCAUUUAGAAAACUAUGCAAAUGAAGGGUUAAGAACCUUGUGUAUUACACGUAGAGAAUUGGAUAGGGAAUCUACUUUUGGUUGGUUAAAGAAGGUAAAAGCUGCUUCAGAAUCUUUGGAUGAUGACAGAGAAGAUCACAUCAAUGCAUUAUAUGAAGAAUUAGAAGUUGAUUUACAUUUAUUGGGUGGAACAGCUAUUGAAGAUAGAUUACAAGACGGUGUUCCAGAUUCCAUCUCCAUCUUGAGUGAAGCUGGAAUCAAAUUGUGGGUCUUGACUGGUGAUAGAAUUGAAACUGCUAUAAAUAUUGGUUUCUCAUGUAAUUUAUUGGAAAACCAUAUGAAAUUGCUUGUUGUUAGACCAGACGAAAACGACCCUGAUAAUGGCCAGUAUGUUGAAGAUUUGAUAACUAAACAUUUGAAAGAGAAUUUUGAUUUUGGAGGCGAUGUUGAAGAUGAAGGAGUGUUGGAUAAAUUGAUUGACGAAGCAAGACUUGAUCAUUCAACACCAUCUACUAAGUUCGCACUUAUUAUUGAUGGUGCUGCAUUGCAACAUGUUUUCUCGGAUGAGAAGAGUAAACUAAAAGAUACAAAGUUGAAUAUUUCUACCACUUUGCAGAAGAAAUUUUUACUCAUGGGUAAAAAGUGUAAGUCUGUUAUUUGUUGCAGAGUUUCUCCCGCUCAAAAGGCUUCGGUUGUUAAAAUAGUUCGUGAUUCGUUAAACGUUAUGACUUUAGCGAUAGGAGACGGUGCCAAUGAUGUUGCUAUGAUUCAGGCUGCUAAUGUCGGAGUAGGUAUCGCCGGUGAGGAAGGUAGACAAGCUGUUAUGUCUUCUGAUUACGCUAUUGGGCAAUUUAGAUUCUUAACUCGUUUACUCUUGGUGCAUGGACGUUGGUCUUAUAAGAGAUUGGCUGAAAUGAUUCCAUGUUUCUUCUAUAAGAAUGUUGCUUUCACCUUGACUUGUUUCUGGUACGGUAUUUACAAUGACUUUGAUGGUUCAUACUUGUACGAGUACACUUACCUUAUGUUUUACAAUUUAGCUUUCACAUCAUUACCUGUUAUCUUUUUAGCAGUGUUAGAUCAAGAUGUUUCUGAUACUGUGUCAUUAUUGGUGCCUCAAUUGUACCGUAGUGGUAUUCUCGGAUUGGAAUGGUCUCAGUAUAAAUUUAUCUACUAUAUGAUCGAUGGUAUCUUUCAGUCAGCAGUUGCAUUCUUUUUCCCUUACUUACUUUAUUAUAAAGGAUUCCAAAAUGCUCAAGGAUUACCUGUUGAUCAUAGAUUUUGGAUUGGAGUUGUCUGUGCAUGUCUUUCUGUCACUGCGGUUGAUCUUUACAUUUUAUUGAGACAAUAUAGAUGGGAUUGGUUAACUUUAUUGAUCAAUGCUAUCUCAAUUUUGUUGGUAUAUAUGUGGACAGGGGCUUGGAGUUCCAGAGUUUACGCUGAAGAAUUUUACAAGGCUGGUGCUCAAGUUCUUGGAACUUUGUCAUGUUGGUGUAGUAUAUUCAUUGGGGUAUUGAUAUGCCUUCUUCCCAGAUUUGUAUUUGAUUUCUUGAUGAUUAAUUUCAAGCCAAAGGAUAUUGACAUUAUUCGUGAACAAGUAAGAAGGGGUGCAUUUGAUAGCUAUCCCAAAUCAUAUGACCCAACUAAUAAGGAAGAUUUGGAGCUCCACAGACUUGGACUAGACGUGCCAGGAAGCCCUGAUGCACUUGAAAAGAAUUCGAACCCAAAUUUGGUGGAUGGUGAAAAGGAUGAGAAGACUGCAACACCCCUUGAAGAAGAUCAUUUAAAUCCAAUUCAGAGAACCUUCAAAUCCAUCAAAAGAAGAGCAACUCUUAGCAGAAAACCUGCCGCUCCUAGCAAUGAACUCAAGAAACCAACUGAUCUUGAGACUUUAAGGCGACAAAUGCAUGCUAAUGGAGACUUUGGUGAUUCCAGACUUUCAUUAGAGAGAAUCAACACUUCGCACGCACUUCCAGGGCUUACCCAAGCUGAUACCCUCCUUUCAUACCACACUAGGAAUAGUACGCAUAUUGAUAAUCGUGCUAUCUAG